AACCACCACAGCUUGGCCGCGUCAGCCUUCAAAGACAGGCUGCAGGAGCAGCCAGCGGUGCGGCGGCAGGCAGAGGCUGGGGGCACGCGCCGAGGGACACUGGAACAGAUGGUGCAAGAGGGAGAGGAGGAAGUGUCCACGGGGCCCUCGCAGCCGGAGGAGGGCAGUGCCAGCAAGGCCGCAUGGGAGCGGCUGUGGGACGGCCGGGGUGUGGAGCCGGAGGAGUUUGACCGAGCCAACAGGUUCACGCCACCCACCUUCAUCCGGCCACAGCGGGAGCUGCAUGAUGACGAGCCACUGGACAUCAGCUUGGAGCAGCGGGAGCAGAUCCUCAACAACGAGAUGUGUGAGAUCUGCGAGGUGUGGACAGCCGAGAGCCUCUUCCCCUGCCGCAUCUGCAGCCGGGUGUACCACGAUGGCUGCCUGUGCCACAUGGGAUACCUGCAGAACGACAGUGCCGUGGAGGUGAUGGAGACUGCACACACCGAGACUGGAUGGAGCUGCUACUACUGCGACAACCUCAAUCUCCUGUUGACAAAGGAGGAGAUGUACAGCCUGAUGAAGACUUUGCGGCAGUGCAAGAUCAUUCCAGAUACCUGCCUGACGCUGGAUGACUUCCUGCACUACAAGCACCUGGUGCACAAGCAGCAGUUUGAGCGGCCCAUGGGGAAGGCACAGGAGGAGCGGGCCACCCUGCAGUUCUCUGCCCUGGACCCCAGCAAGAAGGGGCAAAUCGAGUGGCCAGAUUUCCUCUCCCACGAGUCUAUCCAGCUGCUGCAGAAACUCCGGCCGCAGAACUCCCUGCUGCGGCUGCUGACGGCCAAGGAGCGUGAGCGGGCACGCGUGGCCUUCCUGGUGCUGGACCAGCACAGCGAUGGCUUCAUUGGGGAGAACGAGUGCCACAAGGCCCGGCAUGCCUGGUUCCGCAAACACCAGAAGGAGACGCUGUCCUGCAACGUCAGCAUCAGCCAUGUCGGGCCUAUGUCAGAGAGCAGCCCCGCCAGCAGCGGCAGCAGCAAGAGCCAGGAGAAGACCCUGCUGGCCGUGGAGCAGGAGGAAGCCAGGUGUGUCGACUGGCCCAGCUUCCUGCAGGAGAAUGUCGCCUACAUCCUGGCUGCCCGCCCCAACAGCGCUGCCGUCCACCUGCAGCAGCCAGCCUAG